AAACUCCACUUCUCCUAAGCCGGCUGGGUGAGCCUUGCUGGGCCAGCGGCUACAGACCCCUGCCUUCCGGUGGAGCGGCCGCGCUUGGGGGUGGAGCAGCCAAGCAGGUUCCCCGGCACCGAGGGCAGCAGGCUUGGGGGCCCCGGGGCUGUCACCGGCGAGAGCGAGAGCCGGCUGUAGGCGGCUCCUUCCUGUGCAAACUUUUCUGUGCUCUUCCUCCUCCCGCGCUGCGCACCGCUGCCUGCGGCCGCCUCCCCUCCCUGCCAGCCGGCCGGGGGCUCCACGCGGGGCCGCAGCGGACAGCGCAGCCCUCUGCGCCGGCCCCACCCUGCCUGAGCUCGCUCCCUCCCGGAGCCUAGGGCCGAUGGCGGAAGCCGGCAAGAGUCCUGCGAUGUCCCCGGACCAGCCAGCCGGCCAGGAGGCGGUGGCAGAGGCGGAUCUGGACCCCGAGCCCGAGGCUCCCGGCCCGCCAGUGCCUGUCCUGCGCUGGCUACCCGGGGACCCAAGUCCCCGUGGCCGUUCCCAGAGCGACCUGUCCUCCGUCUCGAGCAGGGGCCGCCCGCUCCGAGUCCACAUCUCCGGCUCAGUUGAUGGACUAGACAAAGCCUCCAUAGCAAACUCAGAUGGUCCCCCAGCAGGUUCCCAGACACCUCCCUUCAAGAGGAAGGGGAAACUGUCCACCAUUGGUAAAAUCUUCAAGCCUUGGAAAUGGAGGAAAAAGAAGACCAGUGACAAAUUUAGAGAAACCUCAGCAGUACUGGAGAGGAAGAUAUCCACCAGGCAAAGCAGAGAGGAGCUCAUAAGACGAGGCCUGCUGAAAGAAUUGCCUGAUCAAGAUGGAGAUGUAACAGUUAACUUUGAAAAUUCAAACGGGCACAUGAUACACAUCGGAGAGGAGUCUACCCAAGAGGAGAAUGUAGGGAAACUCGAAGAAGGGAAUGGCUCUAUGUGUGAGAAAACACCACCUCCGGAGGAAAAGGAGGAAGAUAAGACAGAGGACACUGAAAUCCACUCUGCUGAAACACCGGCUGCUCCUGCUCUACUUCCUACAGCUCCUCCUAAGCCUAAACCCAAACCUAAACCCAAAAAAUCUCCUGUGCCUCCCAAAGGGGCCACUGCUGGGGCCAGCCACAAAGGGGAUGAAGUGACUCCUAAUAGAAAAAAUACCAAGGCUCCCAGUAAGCAGGCCCCCACCCCUCCACCCAAGCCAACAAGCCGAAACACAACCCGGGAGGCUGUUGCCUCCAGAGCUGGCUCUUCUCAUCCGAAGAAAACGACUGGUUCCAAAGCAUCUGCUUCAGCAUCUGCUUCCUCCGCCUCCUCUCGUCCCAAAGUGUCCAAGGAGUCAGUGGCUAGCAAAGCAGGCAUAGUGGGGACCACCCGGGGCAAGAAAAAGAUUGGCAAGCAGCUGGCAGCAUCCCGAGUGUCCUCAGACACCACCACUGCCGACACAUCUAGUCUCAAAGGAGAGCCAUCAGACACUGUGCUAGAGAGUCUCAAACAAGAAGAGACUGUUGCUGGAGCUGAGGAGCAGGCCUCAGGCAAAUCCAAGGCUACCGUCCCUCCAACUCCUGUGGCGCCACCGCCCUCAUCACCUGCCCUUCCUCUGCCUCUUGAGGAUCAGGGCAUUGUUGCCUUGGACACUCCCAUGGUCCUGGGCAGUGAUGGACCUACCGUGCCUGUCUCUGCCUUAGACCCAAGUCAGCUCCUUUGGACUGAAGAGCAGACGAACAGAAGCACCGCCUUAAGUGGUAGCAGAGAUCCUGCACAGUGCGUGACAACCAAAGAUGAGCUGGGAAAGGCUGGACCUCAGUUGCUGACCCCCGGAGAAAUGGGAGACUCUUCAGAAUCCUUCAGUGCCCCAGAGGACGAGGCCCCAAGAGACUACCAGGCCAAUGACUCUGACUCGGAUGGACCCAUCUUAUACACCGAUGAUGAUGAGGAAGAGGAUGAUGAUGAUGACGGCAGUGGAGAAAGUGCUUUGGCAAGUAAGAUACGACGAAGGGAUACUCUUGCCAUCAAACUUGGCAACAGACCGUCCAAGAAAGAACUGGAGGAUAAAAACAUCCUGCAGCGAACAUCUGAAGAAGAAAGGCAGGAAAUAAGACAACAGAUCGGGACCAAGCUGGUCAGUAUAUCAUCUUGUCAUCAUAGGAGACUCAGCCAGAGGCCAACAACUGAAGAAUUAGAGCAAAGAAACAUCUUAAAACAAAAGAAUGAAGAGGAGGAGCAAGAAGCAAAGAUGGAGCUCAAGCGGAGACUCAGCCGGAAGCUCAGCCUAAGACCUACUGUGGCAGAGCUACAAGCCCGAAGAAUCCUGCGGUUCAAUGAGUAUGUAGAAGUCACGGAUUCUCCCGACUAUGACCGCCGAGCUGACAAGCCCUGGGCCAGGUUGACACCUGCAGACAAGGCAGCAAUAAGAAAAGAGCUAAACGAGUUUAAGAGCACAGAGAUGGAGGUCCAUGAAGAGAGUCGGCAGUUUACAAGGUUUCAUCGUCCAUAAUAAAGCAUGAGACUGCUCAGAAAUAUAGACUGAUGGUCCCUGGCAGAAGCCCGGCUUCCUGAGACCCCAACAUUGCACUGAGAUUUGACCGUGCAUGUUUCCAUUUCAUUGUGGUGAAGGAGGCAUGUGACUUGGCUUUGGUUGAGAAUGCUCCUCACCUGGACAGCCCAGACGAGGUCAACAAGCUGAGAGCCAGAGGCAACGAGCCUGGCUGCCUGGAUGUGCACUAAUGUAAGGCACACUCUGGUACUCUCAAGCUGUUCUUCGUCAGAAAUUGUAAUCAAAGGAGACAAGCAGAAGACAAUCGCCAGUUCGACUACCAGAAAGCCAAAUGGUAUAGUGCAUGUGGGUUCACAAACAAUAGACAUUGGAAUUGUUGGGGGUCACCCCAACAAGGUGGAAACUACAAAUAAGAAAGAGGACUGUUUCAUUAUGUUAAUGAAGAAAAGACAUGAAGAUAAGUAUAUUUUUGAAAUAGGCAUUUGGUAGCUAAGAACUUACUACAGGAUUUGGGAACCUACUCAACCAAUGAGGAUUUCCUUAAAGACUUGAUUCCAGAACAUUCUUGUUUCACCAAUAAGUUGGUUCUGUGUAGUACCAUAUUUUUCUGUUGUGCCAGUGAACCCAGUUGCCAGAAACAAAUCUUUGUACGUGUUAAGUGCAAGAAGCCUCUACCAACUCUUAGCAAGCAUGCUUGCUUGCACUGUGUUGCAUGCUUUCAGUAACCCAGCUAUCCACGUGACGUUUUCUUAGACUGCUUUCCUAAUGUGUGAGCCUGCUACAAGGGUAGCAGAAAUAUAUAGAGUCAGAUGCAAUGUGACCCUGCAAAUCUGUUGCAAGCUUUAGAAAUAACUCCCUGUCUUAAUUAUCUCCAAAGCUAGGGAACCAUUCAUUAUCGGAAGAAGAUUAUAUAUGGACAAUCAUGACACCCUUUUUACAAAAACUCAACCCAGAGUUGCAACAUACAAGUGUGUGCUGCUUGCUCCAAGUCCUGAAGGGGAACAACAAUAAUAAAAAGUACCAUGUAGUUCUGAGUGCUGCAUUAUAAAUUUUUAAAUGUUAGGUUGCUGCUAUUAUAAAAAAAAUCAAGCACGUAGAUUUAACAAAAAUACCCUAAGGCUUAAAGGAACACAGAAAAUUGCUGGUUUAUGUAAAGGAAACCUUACCUUCUAUGCUAAGUCUGUGGGUCACAUCCAUCCAUACAGUCUUCACUCCCCAUGCCAGAGAAGCAGUUCAGCAUAGUUUCCCCGAGAGCCUGUAAUCAGUCUUGUUUACAUUGAGAAGCUUCCUCCCUAAAAUUGCUCUUCUCUGUGGUAUCAGGCACAGAACCCCAGAAGGGCUCACUUGUAAAUACUACCUUGAAUUUCAUUGCCCUUUAACGAUUGUUUUGGGCCUCUUGGAUUAAAAGCAUAAGAUUUUUUUUAUUGUGAUUUUUUUUUUCAAAAGAGGAGGCAGAAUCUGUGUCAAGUCUAUCUUAUUCUCUGAUCUGGAAUGAUGACUGUUGUGAAGUAUUUCUGCUUCAGAACAUGGAAGCCUGUAAUUUUCUAUCUCUGCUGACAACUCAGCGCUUAAUCAGUUGAAUAAGUGUGUGUCCCACCACUCAGUGGUAUUUGGAAGAACCACUUGAAAUCUGAUGAUUUCAUUUAAAAGUAGAAGUGGUUGGCGGCAGGAGGACCAUCACAUGAGGUAACCAGCAGUAUUGUACCCUUCCCUACACUUAGCCAUUUGCAUUAAUAAAGCAAGGCUGCAACCUACACUAGUUCAUUUCACUAAUGGCAUAAGACAGACUUUGCUUUGGGGAUAAUGUCUGUGCAUGCCCCGGUAUUUGUCUUUGGCUGAGGACUUGUUUGUUUGUUGUUGCUUUACAGUGCUGGGAUUGAACCAGGGCCUUGUGGAUGCUCUGCACAUUCUCUAGAACCCCUGGGCUGCACUCCCAGCCUUUGUUUUGUAGUGAGUGUCUCAAUUCAGCCAUAAAAAUUAACUUCGUUCUCAUUACUUGCAAAGUAGUUUUCCUUUGUGAUACCUUAUUAUCAUCUUAGUGUCAAGAGAAAAAAUGCCAAGGCAGAUAAUGUUUCUUUUCCUAUGCUUAUAAUCGUGGAACUUUUAACAACUUCUAAUUGCAUGUUCUCUGUACAUUGUAAAUGCAAGACGUGCACACCAGUUUGUCAUUCAAAUAAGUGUGAGCCAUAGGAAGUUUCUAUGUGGUUGUUAAAAAGAACAAUCUUUUUUCCCCAUGGUGGUCUGAAUUAUACAAUUUUUACUGUCCACAAUAAUAUUCUCCCACUACAAAACACAAGCCACUUUUCAUGCUGAAACCCCCAGUUCAAUCCCUGGUAUUACACUAAUGAAAACCUGUGUCCCUGAUAUGUUCUGUCACAUUUAUGAACUUCACAUCCCUUUCCUUCAUACUGACUCAUCCAUUUAGAGAAAAAUUUGUAAGUUACAGAGAAGUUUAAAAAUGUAAAAAUUAACUACCAGUAGUCUUACAUUUAAAUAAUUAGAACCACCUAUUUCUUCGUUACAACGAUCUAUUGCCUUUUUUUUUUUUUUUAGGCCAUGAACAGAAUUAAAAUAUCAUGAGCCAAGCUAUAGUUCUCAGAAUAAGGUUCUGUUUUCAUGGUUAAUUUUUAAAGGCAGAAAAAUGUAAAGGCUACAUAGCCUCGCUAGCAGCCCACCCAGACAUCCCCACAGAAGGCAAAGGCAUGUCUCCCUCUCCCUGAAGUUAUGCCUCUGCCCACUGCCAGCUUUUCUACAGCCCAAGCAGCAAGCCACUAUUCUCUAAGAAAAUAAAUGUGUGCAGAAGUUGGCGUUGUUUUUGGUGCAGUUGUAACACAAUUCCAGUAUUUCACUAAAGCGUACCAUUAGGCCGAUGGAGAAAAUGAAUGAGUUUUCCUGACUCCUGAAAUAUGAUGGAAAAGAGACAAUUAGCCCAACUCACGGACGGUGCCAGGCAAGAAAGAACUAGACCAAGUAGAAUGUACGAUGUGGCCACUUCCAUCUUGGCUUUUAAAUGGAGGUGGGAAACCCUGCUGAUAAUAAGGUAAUGGAAAAAGCACUAAGUCCCCUUCAUUCACCAGCCUCAUGGUCAUUACCAACCAACAUGAAAAAAAAAAAAAAAAAAAAAACGGUCAAAUCAGCAUUCACUGGGGGAUCUUGACUGGUGAUUUCCUAUACAUGUCAAAUGUCUUGUGGUUUUGUGUUAGCCGUAAUUUACCUUUAUGUUUAUUCCUUAAAUCAUUUAACUAAAGUCUACAAUAUUCAGAGAACCAUCUUGAGUAUUUGAACAGCUAUUAACUAAAAAGGAAAAGGCAAACAGACCAGGUUCUCGGAUUUACCAAGAAGAGUCGCCUUUCUCAUUUCCUCUUCCCAUCCUUAUUAAUGAAAUGAAGGCAGUCACUUAGCUGUCUCUGGUGUCAGGAGAAAGUUCUCAAAUCUAAUUGAAAAUAGACUUAAAGAAGUAGAAGAAUCUAAUACACUCUUCAAAAGAUGCCAAAUGUUGAAAAUGAGUUGUGAGCCCUUAGAACCUCUGUAAGACUUCAUCUCCUGCAAUUAAUUCAGUGAUGUGCUGGCACUUUUAAAAAAAUACAAUAAUUUGUACUUGAGAGAAAAAGAAAAGUGGGUUAACACCACAUACCCUGAUAUACCCCACACCAACACUUGACAGACAAACCUCCCAAGACUAAGCUGUAGAAAGAGACCUGUCUAUGACCUAGCAGUAUUCCUGCAUUUGAACAGUAAAAUAUUUUCUCUUUCUUCCUUCGUCUCUUGCUCAAAAAGUCCAUCCUGUGUUAUCUGUGCAUGGUCCUACAGCAUAAUUUAGAGUAAUAAACUUCCUUUAGUGUGGGUGAAACAGACUUAAUCUAAUAUGAGAUAUAUGGAUUUAUGUCAUUUUCAUCAAUAUGGGGAAUUUGUUUAUGCAUUCCGGAAUCCUCACUGUAUCCACUUAUCAUUACUAGUAAAAGAAGCUGUACUUGGAGAUCAUUAUUCCCUCCCGUGCAUCUUUAGAGUAUACAAAUUGGCCCUUCACCCCUUAAAAUGAUUAAUUUUUUGUUAGGAUUUGCUGUCUACUUACUGGUGAUAUGUUUCAGUUAACAAAGCAGAAUGAACCUUUAGAAGAUAUGUGCUAGAAAGGACAACACUGAGAAAAAUAAGCAAUUGUCAAAUUAAUGGGAACAGCUUCCUAAGAGAACAUGCAUUCCUAGGCAACUCAAACCCGAGUUCCAAAAACGGACUCUAGGUUCCACUCCCAAGGCAAGCAAUGACCAAAGGAUGGUGGUGAAGAUGACUGUAGAAAACCCCAAACCAUUCUCAUUUUUGCUUUCUAUUUACCUGUUUUUAAUUGUUAAGCUUAAACACUGUUUCAAAGCUUGAACCACUAUUAGCAUUUCUAGAAAGCAACUGUAAUAUAGAUCAUCUAUUUUUGUUAUGGUUAUAUUGUUUUGUGUGUUAUUUGUUUUUUGUGGACAGCUUCAUCCCAAAUGAACAAAUCUCAUUUUACAUAUUGUAAGGUUUUUGAAAGAAAUGGAGAGUUCUGUGGCUGCUAUUCCUACCUAAUGCCAAUUUUUAGCCAUGUUGGAUUUUAAUGCAGGAAAAUGCCAUUUAGCUUGUUGCUUCUCUACCACAGCUGCUUAUGAACAAAGAACUGUUGAUAGAUGUUUCCCAGUGGGGAUGCUGUUGGCAUUUGGAUCUGAGAAAUUCUUGGUUGUGCUGAAAUGUACCACAUGUUACAAGAUGCUCAGUAUCCCAGGCUCCUAGUGACUCGACACCAGGAUCGUUCCCAGACAUUGUGAAAACCAAAACAGAAAAAGAAAAAGAAAAAAGCCCUCCGACCAUCCUACAGAAGGAUGUACUCCAUCACCUGAAUGCCACUGUCUACUGCAACAAGGACACUUAGGGGAAAGUGCCUAUCCCCAAACACCGUCUCUACUGCCUUGCAUGACUCCUACCCACUUCAAGCCUUCUGCUUAGAUGCAGCUUAAAUUGCCCUGCUCUCUAGGAAAGAGGGUUGCCAGGCAACCUUGUCCAUUACAGGGACCUGGCCUGAUGCUUGUACAUACUUGGGGGCGGGGGGCGUUAUACGGGAAGCAAGCGUUUGUCACUUCACAGUUCCACUUCAGAACUAGAGUGCUGCUCACAGGGACACAGUGGCUCUGAACAAAACAGAUGGUCUUUGGAAGUCAACAUUAGAUUCCGCUUGGUGACACUAUAGACAGCGGUGCAAAAGACACGUCUCCCCGCCUAUAGACAACACAGUUAACUCACAUGGAAAUGCUUGAAUUCCCCCAUGUAAACAUAUCCAUGUGGUUCAGCUUUCCUAAUAAGACGUGCAAAUGUGACAUUGUGGCGGAAAGGUAGGUUAACUAGGUUGCAUGCAUACUGUUCACACCACAGCGCCAAGGAUAUGCAAAACCAAGUGAGUAUUCCCCCAGGCGCAGCUCAGUCACCUGUGCUAACCAUCCAGAAACAUACUCUUUAUGCCACUGAAAUUUAAUAGUCAGUAUGUCUUGAAAAAAUAUUUAGAUGAAUUGCAGCUAGCUGCAAGGAUGGAAUUAAUUCCUCCCACUCUAAUAAUCUUAAUAAUAAAAUUCUAAAGACACUUUUUCUUGAAGCAGAGCAACUCAGAGUCAAUAAAGGUGGUUAUAGUGUAAACCUAUAGAUGGUGCUUAGAAAUUGGUAUCUUUCUUAAUAACAGUAUUUUUUAAAAGAGAAUGAUGGAGUAAGUGAGGCAAGGUGCCACUCCGCCCUCGGGUCAAUUCUGAGGUUUAUUAAAAUGCCAAUAAUGUUUGUGCCACUUGCCAGCCUGGAGGCAGGGCAGAGCUUUUCACUUAAUGGAAGCUCUGGUUUGAUUUUUGACUGUAUCAUUACAUUGCUUAGAGAGCAUCCCCCAUGAGAAAUUGCCACUGUAGUGCUAACUAGCAUUUGGAAGGAGUUAGCUAGAGCUAAGGGUCAAACCACUUUCAUCACUUACGCCAUAGGCACUAAUUCUUUAGUAUUUCUUCUGUGGCUUAGACACAUGCCGAUGUAUUCAAAGCACCCUGAGCAUAUUUCCCCAGUUAAAUGCCUGCUGAAAAUUCUCUCUUUCUUCCCCCUAAGUAACAGUGGUUUUUUUUUUUUCCAUAAUGGACUGUCCGUGUUCGUUUGUUAAUUCGAGCUUUGGUUAAAGCGAUAGUGACGGUAAACUGUGAUCAUUUCCAGACUAGCUGGGUGAGUCUCCAGUGCAAGAUCCAGUCCUUACCCAGGUUUGUUUUCUGUGGGUGUUAAUAACUGGAACUGUACCCGGAUAAACACGACAGUUUCUCCUUUUGGUUGUUCUUAAUCCGUACUACAUUAUAGUAUGUGGGUAUGAUGGCUGCGAGUAUACACACCGAAGCAUAUGUAUUCCAUGACUGUAACCUGAAAGACCAUAUAUGACCUUUUUAUUCCAUAUUGGUGUUUGCAUUAUUUAAAGUGGAAAAUUAUACUCUAUCUUGUAGUAUAAUAUAAUAGGAUACUUCGCUGUGCACAGUUCCAAGUGCCUUAGAACAUUGCUUAGCUUUCCUGAGUAUAUGUAUAUGCAUAUAUAUGUGUGUAUAAACUGGGAAAUGUUACCUCAAUAAAAAAAAUCAUUGGGAAAACCUA